CAGGACAACCCCCGUCAACCCUUGUCAAAAUCUCAUCAGCCCUGGUUAAACUAUAAAAUAAACCAUGUGUCUAACUCUCAUAACAGACUAAUCUACACAUACUCUUGUCAAGCCCAUUAUCAACAAAUCAACAACGCCUGUUAUUAUUUUAAUAGCAAAGUCUUAAAACUAAAUAUUUGUGCUGAAAAUUUAAACAGGCGUUUUUUUCAACUAAAUAUUUUUAUCUUUUUUAAAAGUUACACUCCUUUUUCUAUACUGCUGUUGAAGUUUCUAAUUAUUUAUUGAUUAAAUAAACUAUUGAUAAAGUGUUGUUGGUGGGAUAUUUUAUUGAUUGUAGUAUUUGUUUACCAACGUCUUUGAUCGAAAUGUGAAUAUGAGGUGUAAUAUAAAAGUUGGUUGGUCUACGUAAUAAUUGCUCUGUGGCGUUCAUAAUACAUAAAUAAGCCACGAUGCUGAGUCCGAAGAUCCAACGCUCAGUGCGCGUCAACGAUGGUCAGCUGGUCACGCUGUCCGACCGGGCGCAGUACGACCACUCGCAGGCUGGAUACUUGCAUAAAAGGAGUGCCGACAACACAAAAUGGCAGCUUCGCUGGUUUGUUCUGUACCAGAACCUGUUGUUCUACUACGAGUCAGAGAACAACACGCGACCCACGGGUGUGCUCCUGUUGGAGGGCUCGUACUGCGAAAGACUCAGCAAAUCGCCCAUGGAGAGAAACGCCUCGUUCUGCUUCACCAUAACUUACCGUCGAGAGAGCCAGCGUCAGUACGAACUGCGCGCAGCGUCCGAGGUGGACUGCGUUCACUGGGUGGACGCAAUACGAGAGGCCAGUUUCAACAAGCUGCUGCUACAGAAGGAGGAGCUGGAGCAGAAGCAGCUGCACCUGCUGCAGGUGGUGGAGAGCGAGCGCACGUCGCGCUGGCAGUACGCGCAGCAGUGCGACGAGCUGGCCAACGAGGUCAAGAAGUUGAGGACAGAGCUCUGCGCAUAUAAAAAGGAGCACGAGCCAAACACUCGGACGUCGUCCACGGCCAGCCUCUCUCCGGCAGACUCUGAUGAUAUAGACCCUGCGGAACUGCGCAAAAUUAAGAAAGUUCAGAGUUUCUUUCGAGGAUGGUUGUGCAGACGCCGCUGGAAGCAAAUCGUGGAGCAGUACAUCAAAAGCCCACAUGCGGAAAGCAUGAGAAAGAGAAACAGUUUGGUAUUCAAGAUGGUGGAAGCUGAAGAGGAAUACCUGGAGCAGAUGGAGAUAUUGGUGACAUGUUUCCUUCGUCCAUUCAAAAUGGCGGCCAGCUCUAAGAAGCCACCGUGCACGCACGAAGACGUCAAUUCCAUUUUCUUGAACAGCGAGACCGUGUUGUUCCUGCAUCAGAUAUUCUUCAAAGGACUGACCUCGCGAAUGGAGUCUUGGCCUACACUGGUGUUAGGUGACCUGUUUGACAUGUUACUGCCGAUGCUGACCAUCUACCAAGAGUACGUGCGGAAUCACCACUACUCCCUGCAAGUUCUGACAGAGUGCAAGCAAAGCCAGCCGUUCACUCAACUGCUGGCACGGCUGGAGACCAAGUCGGCUUGCCAGGGCAGGUCUCUGGAGACGUUCCUGACAUAUCCUAUGCAUCAGAUACCGCGCUACAUCAUAACCCUGCACGAGCUGCUCGCCCACACGCCGCACGACCACGUGGAGCGCCGCAGCCUCCAGCACGCGCGCGCUCAACUCGAGGAGCUGUCCCGACAGAUGCAUGAUGAGGUGAGUGAGACAGAAAAUCUGAGGAAGAACUUGGCAGUGGAGAGAAUGAUCAUCGAAGGCUGUGACAUUCUUCUGGAUGUUAAUCAAGUCUUCAUUAGACAAGGAACAUUGUCUCAAGUGGUCGGCAAAGGACGUCGCGCUUCGUUGCAAUCACGUCAGGCAUUCAUAUUCAGCAACCACCUGCUGCUCACGACCAGAGCGACUGGCGGACGCCUGCAUCUGCCUCCUCAUGGCAGGUUGCCUCUGCACGAUGCCCUGCUCAUCGAGGACCCGUCUAGUCAUGACGAUGAUGAUAAUGCAUCGGUCUGUUCAUCUCCUGGGGGAGAUCUUUACCAGGGAAAAGAUUUCAAAAUACUAGUGGAAGUUAAAGGGGAACAAGUCUGUGCACAUUUAGUUGCCGCAACACUCGAAGAAAAGGCAGCAUGGACAAGCGAGUUGGCACAGUGUAUGGAGAGCGCUGCGCUGACUGAACUGCUACGCGCCUGUGGCUCCUGCGGCGCUGCCUCAGCCAGCCUGCCAGCUUGCCGCUCCGAUAGGGCACUCUUCACUGAUGAUGUGGAUAUUCGCUUCAGCAGGACGUUGAACUCCUGCAAAGUACCCCAAAUUAGAUCCGCGACUCCAGAACGGCUUUUGCAGAGGUUGACAGAUCUCCGCUUCCUGUCAGUGGAUUUCCUGAACACAUUUCUGCUCACGUACCGCGUGUUCACGGACGGGGUGACGGUGCUGGAGGCGCUGAAGCAGGUGUUCUACGAGCAGUCGCAGCAGGACAUGGAGCUGGCGCCAGCGGCGGACGCUAUGAGGAAGCCCAGUGCUGCUAGCACUGUUUCUGGUUAUGGUUCAGAAUUAAGUGAUCGCGAUUGGCAGUCACGAUUUUGGAAGAAUUCAAAGAAAAGUGAAGAAGAAGAUAAGCUGUCACCUUAUUUGAUGGCACCUUCGCGCCGAACGUCAGCGGUCAAGGCGGAAGAAGACAACAGUCAUCUGCAAAUACCAAAAAUAAUGGCUACAUCCUCAAGCAAUGAGACUUUGAAAGGUACAUCACCAUCUUCACCCAGUGCAGUGAGCUCUGUCACCCUGGUCGGCACACCCAAGAAGACGAGUCCGGUCGAAAGCAUCUCGUCAAAGCAACCCUCGCAGAAAGAGGAACCUUCCCCAGUUAAAGAUAAUAACACAGCAGCCACCAUCACUAAGGACGAGAGCAUAGAGCUCGUAGACCAGAGCGAUGAGGACAUUAAGUACAAGGAGGAAGAACAAGAGAAGAAUAAGUAUAAAAUAGACGAUAAAUUUAAAAUGUCCCAAAAGUUUUCGGAUGUGUGUAAUCGGGUACGCACAGCAUCAGAGAGUCCUCGACGUCUGCAGCCUUCGGCCGCUACAGCCGAGGCGCGCCGUCGGUCCGAAGGCGCCCGGGAGGUCACCAACACCACAGAAGCGGCUGAACCUCGUCGCGCUUCUGAUACUGCUGCGAGAUCUCUCCCGAGGCGUUCUGUGAGCGAAAGACGUUACACGAACGCUUCCAUCAACAGUGAGAGACGUCGCUACUGGGGUGGCUCUGAACCACGCACGUCCGUCACAUCGCAAGCCUCUCAAAUGCAGAAUUAUCGUCGAGAGACUGGCCAACCAAAAGCUGGAGUCGUCAUAACCUCUUUCCGUCAGUCUCACCGGAGCUUUGGAAAAGACCUGUUGUGGAGCAGUACAUCGACUGCAGCGGUUGCCUUUGCUGUGGCUACUUCAGCAUCAUCCAACCCUCGGUCCCCACCACCAACUUCUCCACCACACGCGAGGCGGGACUCUGUUAUAUCAACCGCUGCUACUAUGAGAGUGUUGAAUGUUCUAAGACACUGGAUUUCCAAGCACUCAUCAGAUUUCUGGUCUGAUGAACGUCUUCGCGGUCUCACCAUGGACUUUCUGAAGGAGAUCGAGAGCAGCCCAGGCUUGCUGCCAGCGGAGAACAAGUCAGCAUCGCAGUUGCUGCGCCUGUUGGAACGGCCACCGGAUAGAGCUGUGGAUUUGAAGGCCUUGUUUAUGCCUCCAAGAAUUCCCACAAAAGAAAGCAUCGAAACAUUGUCUGCUCUCGAGAUCGCCGAACAAAUGACGUACUUGGACUAUCAGAUCUUCAGCGCCAUUCACAGCGAGGAGUUCCUGGGGCAAGCCUGGACGAAGGGCGACAAGGCAGAGCGCGCGCCACACAUCCUGAUGAUGACGGCACACUUCAACCACAUCUCCAACCUCGUCAUUUCUGAGAUACUCAAGAAAUACACGCUGCUAGGUCGCGCGGCCUCCAUCGAGAAGUGGGCGGCGGUGGCCGACAUAGCGCGCUGUCUGCACAACUUCAACGGCGUGCUGCAGGUGUGCGCCGCGCUCGCCAACAGUUCCAUCUUCCGCCUCAAGAAGACCUGGGAGAAGGUCUCCAAGACUAGUAAGCAGACGCUGGAAAAACUGCAAGUGUUGACAUCUUCUGAAUGUCGGUUCAGAAUUUUACGAGAUGCUUUGCAUAGAUGCGACCCGCCCUGCAUCCCGUACCUGGGCAUGUAUCUCUCGGACCUCUCCUUCAUAGAGGAGGGCACGUCCAACUACACGCCGGAGUCUCUGCUCAACUUCUCCAAAAUGAGAAUGAUAGCGCACGUGAUCCGUGAGAUACGAAACUUUCAACAGACCCCCUACAAAAUAGAUCACAUCCCGAAGGUCUGCGAGUUCCUGCUGGAUCGGUCUUUGCUGAUGAACGAAGAGCGUCAAUACACGUUAUCUCUGCAACUUGAGCCCCGGGCCUCACGGGGCUCCGCUGGAGGCCUCCCCGGCACGCCCGGGUCUCCGGCCUCACCAACAGCGCAGCGACGUCGCCGCGCCUCGCUUGCCGCCCUGGCGCCGCUCGCUCCACUGCGAACCGAUCGUUAAAAUAAAUUCAGGUUUUAUUUAAUUUAGCACAACUAAUGCAUGAUAUUGGUUCUUAUUCUGUUCUACAUAUAUCUAAUGUAUUAAGAUUUUCACUUUUUGUUUUUAAUUCUAUCCUUUUUCGCAGCAAUUAUUUCGUGCAAUUAAAAUGGCUGAGUAAGUUUUUCUUAGAAAGAUUGAUUAUUUAAAAGCUGAUUUUCUUCCCUAUACAGUCAGCCUUAAUAAAAAUCGGAGUAACAUUACAAAAUAUUUAAUAAUAAUAUAAAAAUAUGUAAUAACAAUCUGCGUUUUUUAAAUUUUAAUUUUUUUUUCUGAAAUUGAUGCAACAACAAUCGAUAGCUCAGUUUUUAAUUAACUAUACUUUUACAUUCUGUUUAUACUUUAUGACUAUACUAAUGAUUAUUUUAUAGUUCAUUUAAUAAGUAUAUUAUCAUAGUAAUAUACACAUAAAAGAGAUAAAUAAAAUAAUUAACACAGAAUACUAGAUUUAUUGAUCUGUGAAUUAAACAGUAUUUUAUUAAUCUAAGUACUAAAAAUACCUAAUUUUAAUUGUUUAGUUAAUGUUAGAACCUAAAAUAAAUGUCUCUCAUGCGUAUUGUCUAUUCAGCAUGAAAAAUUGCUUCAGUGGGUGUAAGAUCUGAAGCGCUAAAACUCUAUUAACGUAAGGUAGUUAUAAUUGUUGUAUUGUGUAUUGAAUUGAAACUAUUUUUAGCCAGUUAAUUUAAACCUAAUUCAUUAACAUAGUUUUAAAAAUAUUUAAAAAAAAGAUGCGGUCAUAUAUAUAUUUUUUGUUUUACUUUUUAACAAACAGUAUUUAGGCAAUAUAAUAGUUAUUUUGGUGCCAAGCUAUAUAAAUUCUGUAUUCCAGAGUAUUACAAAUAUAUGUAUUAAUUAUGGUCAAAGGUUGUUUGAUAUCAUAAAAACUAAAACAAGUCUGAGAACUAUGGUAAAUUAUGUGAUUGAUUUUUUCAUUUAACUUUGUUAUAUCUAUGUAUCUAUAUAUCCAGAAAUAGUAGUAACUAUCCAGUUUACAACCCCUAAGAGUUUGAAUUUUAAUUUAUACUAUACAAUGUAAAACCCGUAAGAGUUCAAAUACGAAUAAUUAUUAUAAAUUGUUGUAAAAAUAGUUUCAUUUCAAAACAUGAACUACUUGUAUGUCAUAAAAUGUCUGAAUUAACCUAAAGUGAUUUCAAGUGAGAAUAUUGUCUUAAGCCUUUUCUACGUCCUUUUCUAUGUCAUUUAAUGUUAGUGUUGUUGUUAGCCUAUACAUAAACAAAUAUAGUUUGAAACAUUGUUGGUAAAUAGAUAAAUGUUUACUAUGCCAUUUGUAAUGAUCGGGUUUUAGUCGAAUUUAAAUUUUUAUUCAACGGCAAUGGAUUUUUUAACCAAAAAAGUUCAUAUGCAAUUCAUUGAUUUGUUGUGAAUUGAUUGAUACUUCACUUUUACACUUACUGGCAUAUUUAAAUUUACUUAAAUAACUCAAGAGACCUUGAGCUAAUUGUUCCUUAAAUUAAAUGGCAUAAUUGUAGAAUUUCGUGUCAUUAUAUAAGUUUAGUGCGUGUGAACGAUUGUUUAGGGAUCAUCAAAAUUCAUUAGUGUUUAUUAAUUUUAAACACAAUUACCUACUGAAACCCAAUUCAGACUAUCUUCUUUACAGCAAAUGAAAAAAUAAAACAACGUAUUAAUGAAAACAUUACUCUGUGAGGCUGUGAGUCGUUCAAGCUUAGUAACUGACAUAUAUAACUAUUAAAGGAUACAUAUACACUAAAUAUAAAUACAUAAUAUAUCAAGUUUAUGAACUGUUGAUCUUCUUGUUGAAAAUUAGAAACCGUACAAUUGACUAAGUGUGUAAAAUCGUAGAUUAUUGAUAUCAAAACAAAUACCAAUGUCUAUUCUACCGUGCAAUUCGUUAUAUAUUUUACAAAAUUACUGUCCUUAUAUUUAAGAAAAAACUUGUAAUGAUUGUAUCUCCUGUUGUGCUAAACCGAUAACAAUAUUAUUACUAUAUAAUAUACAAUAUUAAAUAAUAUUAUAUACUAUAGUCUACAUGGAGGUAUAUUUAAGGUUAUAAAACUUACAGUAUUAAAGUAAUAUAGAUAUAUGGCCCAUGUAUUCUAAGGUCAUUAAUUGUUCUUCGUUGUACCCCUUACCUGUCUGGUUGUGCCUGACGCUUAUCAAAUGAAAAAAAAAACGAACGAUCUUAUGCGUAUUUACCUGUUGAUGAAAUGCUGUAGAUAACUGUUGUAGAUACUAAGAUUAAAUGGUUGUUUCAUAUUUACUAUAAAUUAAAAUUUAAUAAAUAUAUCCCCUUAUAACUGCACAAUUUUAAAAGUAUUUGGUCACGUUAAAAGGCUGUCUUAAGUGUUUAUAUAAAACUCUAUUAUUAUAAUUAACUUAUUGUAAAUUGCUAUUGAAAUAAGAGUUUGGUGUAAGUACCUAUUUGUUAAAAAUUCGUCUUCCCUUUUACCUUCUCUUUAUAUAUAUUUAUCUUUACUUUUCGUAAUGACUAUUUCGCAAAAAAAGAAUUUCGCCAACUAAUUAAAUACAAAUUAUAAUUCCAUAGCCCUAACAACAAUGAAAGUUAAUAAAUAUACAAUAAACUGAUUCAAUAUAGUAUCACAAAAUACAAAAUUGAUAUCUAAAAUACAUUUAGCCGCAAAAUUUAAGGUGACAUUGGUCCACGAGUAGUGCAAAAUAUUUUGAGGAACAAAUUCUGAACACUAAAAAUGGAUGAGCCAUAUGGAAUACUAGCAGCCGCCCCGCGGCAUCACCAGCGUAGUUCCCGAUCCCGUAAGAAUACGGGGUCAAAUGUUACCUAAAAGCACUCGGUGAAGAUGCAGCUUUCUAAUUUUAAAAAUCAAUAGAGUAGUUAUUGAGCUGAUCGUAACAAACAAAUAAUCAAAUCUUUCCUCUAUAGGUACUUUAAACUAUUUCAGUAUUUGUAACUACUUAAUAAUAUGUCUAACAGAAACGGAAGAAAUAUAUUAUAAUUAGUUGGUGAAACUAUCAAAUUUACACUAUUAAUAAUAAUUUUACACACGAUAACUACUGUACAGUCACCAAUAAAUUAAAAAGGCUUCAAAAUUCAUGUUAUGAACAAUUCUUAUGAAUAGGUAACCGUUAAUAUAAUUUUAAUACGUAAGUAAGCUAAGUCGCUGUCUACCUCUUUGCUAAAAUUCUAAAACUGAGUCUU